AAUUGCCACUCGGAAGGAGCAAAAAGAUUUCAACACUGAAUGACAGGAACAGUCAGAAGAGCAUAGAGAAAUAUAUAUAUUUUACAAGGCGAAAUGGAAUCAGCGGCCCGAAAACGAAAAACUCUGGUCAGCCAGAAUAAUAAACCUGUGACCAAAAGAACUUUCACCUUGCCAGCAAAACCAGCAACCUUUACCCUUCUUCAAACAGUUAAGAAACCCCUCAAGAAGUUCUCUUCAGAUCUUUUGAAUCUGCCAGAAAUUCCCGCGGUCGAUGCUUUUGAGCGAGGAUAUGAAGUUGAAUCUAUUUUGGAUAUGGUACAGAACAUCUACAAGGAGCAGUUUCUCCUUAUUAAAUUCAAGGAUCUUUAUGAACCCGAAUUGGUUCCUUUGGAACUCGCCUUGGAACGUGUCCCUCACCUGCUUUCCGCUUUCUACCAGGAAUAUGUCCAGGCCUGGCAGAAACUGGAACAGCAGCAGAAGGACGUUUCCCACUAAAUUUAAGGAAGAAACUGAAGACUUUAGGUGAAGUGCGAAACUGCCACGCGUUUAUGCCGCAUCCUUUUGUGCAGUCCCGAGUCGAGUUUUAAAUAAUUUUAUGCCUAUUUGCCUCGUGCAGCUCGCAAAAUUUCACACCUCAGCCAUCAAAAGUUGGGGCGGACGUGCGUGCCAGAAGUUUCUGCCAUACGCAAAUAAAGGAUACCGA